AUGCGUGAGCGUGCUUCUCCCUGCGUGGGAGCACAACACGUCCUCACCACCGGAAAGAUCAAAAAGGGGCGAUUGUUACACUUGGACGGUUGUCCUCUCUUCCCUCUUGCUCCUCCCCCUAGCAUGAGCUGCCGCCCCGUAACAGGUGAAAAACACUGCUGUCGGACACAAACUGUGAACAAUCAUUACGGUGACGGGGACGAGGCCGAUAGUAAUAAUAGCAAGAACAGUCAUAUCCACAGGCCUCUUGGUGUGCCUGUGUGCGUGUGUAUGUACAUUUGCGUCUCCCCUAAAUUAUUUAAAGUUGGAGGUAUUUUUCUUAUACACUACCUUGAAUUGUGGCUUCUACUUGCACAAAGGACCACCUACCAUGAAGAUAUCUCACUGGCUGCCAAACCCGUACUUCUGAAGCGUUCCUCCACAAGAAAACAGCUCAUGUAUUGUUCGGUGUGCAUAGCCUUCACAAUUUUCAUGCGUGAAAAUACCACGGGCGAAAAUAUGGAAACUUGCAAUGUACAGGAGGAUUUUAGAUCCGAGGUUUCAGCAGUCGAUUUGACAGCCACUCAACCAGCCUCAGACCACUACGAGUCGGGCUCCCAAAGCAGUGGCAAGGAUACUGUCGACGCGACAAUUUCCUCUGCAUGGUUGACCAAAAUGAAGGAUGAAUCUGUCGAAGAUGGGUCUGGGAACCUGCAUUAUCCAAAAGCCCUUGUACUCGUUGCAAAUCCUUCCUACCCGCAAUUCGCCGAAAAACAGUCCAGUGAAUCCGGUUUUUCCUCAAGGAAGGAUAAACGACGCCUAGGAAGUGUGAUACCUCUUCCGAAUCAACAAUUUUCUCGUCUUUCUGAGGUUGAAUACUCUCCGAAACGCCUUCCUGAUCUCUCCCCAUCCACUGGAUGUCCAUCAAAAAAUUGGAAGAUCACCCACUCAGAUCGACUAAACGCCCUCAUUGACGAAUGUGAGCGCAUCGUGGAUGGACGCAAAGUAUUCAAAUGCAAGUUCUGUGGCAAGAUGUAUGAUAUCAAGAGCAGCAUGCGCUACCACAUGAAGAUUAUUCACUUGCAGUUGCAUCUGCGUACCUCAGAGAUGCAGUGUCGCAUUUGUGGGAAGCAGUUCACCUGCAUCAGUGCUGUGAAUCGACACCAGCUUAAGUGUUCGGCGAAUUCAACUUCCAAUUUCACUUCUACAAAUCCCAUCCAAUCUUCCUGUAGCUCCUCUUUCCUCGCCAAACCCCGACAGUCGUCUCUGCCGACAUUUGCAAACCAGUCUACUUCAGCUUUCAUGAACCUCAACAGCACUCCUGGACUACGCUGGAGUAGUGUGACGGGUAGUGAACGGCAUUCAAGCCGACCAAUUUCCAGUCAAGUUCCUUUCACUUUCUCGCCUACAACUGAAACCACAGCGUACAUUUCUCCCACCGUGACUACUGCCUAUCCUUCUCAAUCCACCCGCCCAGGACUCGACUUAGAUGGCCAGCGUUUUGCUGGAGGGCCUGAAAUUUCGCCACAGCAACUGUGUGGUUCAUCACUAGUGCAUUCUGUUCAUAACCUCGUGGAAGGCAUUCCACCGCUUUCAUUUAAUGAGGUCUUCCUAGCCAGUUUGGGUCGUGCCAACGGAACCACUUCUGGGGAACGGAAGGCGCCGAUUUUUGAAGAUCUUUCGCCACCCGGAUUCAUGGGUGCCGCCGCGGCUCACAACUUCCUCGCCUCCUCACCGUCCAAAAGAAUGCGGAAGUCAGAAAAUUUAAAUUAUUUUGAGGGGCGGCUGGGCGAAAAUCCCUACGAGCGACUCUUCUCUUCGCAGAACGUUACUGCUACCACCUCUGCAACAGCAGUGGCCGUGGCAGCUGCGGCAGCUUCAGGUACAGCCAUCGAUCUCUCGCUCAAUGCCUCCUGUUAA